AGCGCCCGGGCCCUGCCGGAGCCGGGACUAGCAUGUGCCGCGGCUCCCCGGCGGCGGCGGCGGCGGCUUCUCUGCAGCAACAGCAGCAGCAGCAGCAGCAGCAGCGACCGCCAUGGCCAAGGCCAGCGUGGAGCUCACCCGCGAGCUGCAAGACAGCAUCCGGAGGUGCCUGAGCCAAGGGGCUGUGCUCCAGCAACAUCGAGUGAAGCUAGAGACAAAACCCAAGAAGUUUGAGGACCGAGUGCUGGCCCUGACCUCCUGGCGCCUCCACCUCUUCCCCCUUAAAGUCCCUGCCAAGGUGGAGAGCUCCUUCAAUGUCCUGGAGAUCCGUGCCUUCAACACGCUCAGUCAGAACCAGAUCCUGGUGGAGACGGAGCGCGGCAUGGUGAGCAUGCGACUGCCAUCAGCUGAGAGCGUGGACCAGGUGACGCGACAUGUGAGCUCUGCCCUCUCCAAGGUCUGCCCUGGCCCUGGGUGUUUGAUCCGACGUGGAAAUGUGGACACACCUGAGGGCCCCCGAGACACAUCCCCCAACUCUGAGACUUCAACAUCUACCACCCAUAGUGUGUGUGGUGGUUUCUCCGAGACCUAUGCUGCCCUGUGUGACUACAAUGGGCUGCACUGCCGUGAGGAGGUGCAAUGGGAUGUGGAUACCAUUUACCAUGCUGAGGAUAACCGUGAGUUCAAUCUUCUGGAUUUCAGCCACUUAGAGAGCCGAGAUUUGGCCCUAAUGGUGGCAGCCCUGGCCUACAACCAGUGGUUUACCAAACUCUACUGCAAAGACCUGCGGCUGGUAGGAAGUAGGAGAGAGGGGACGGCAGGGGAGUUUCCUCCUUGGCUCCUGAUCUUAGAACCUUUCUGUCCUCAGGGUUCAGAAGUUCUAGAACAGGUGCUACAUACCCUGAGCAAGUCGGGGAGCCUGGAAGAGCUAGUGCUGGACAAUGCUGGACUUAAGACGGACUUUGUCCAGAAGCUGGCCGGGGUGUUUGGGGAGAACGGGAGCUGUGUGCUGCAUGCCCUCACUCUGUCCCACAACCCCAUCGAGGACAAGGGUUUCCUGAGUCUGAGCCAGCAGCUACUCUGCUUCCCCACUGGCCUCACCAAGCUGUGCUUGGCCAAGACUGCCAUUUCCCCCCGAGGGCUCCAGGCACUGGGCCAGACAUUUGGGGCCAACCCGGCCUUCGCCAGCUCCCUUCGAUACCUGGACCUGAGCAAGAACCCUGGGCUGCUCGCCACCGACGAAGCCAAUGCUCUGUACAGUUUCCUGGCCCAGCCCAAUGCCCUGGUGCACCUGGACCUGUCGGGGACUGACUGUGCUGUUGACUUGCUUCUGGGUGCCCUGCUUCAUGGCUGCUGCUCCCACCUCACCUACCUCAACCUGGCUCGCAACAGCUGUUCCCACAGGAAGGGCCGGGAGGCCCCACCAGCCUUCAAGCAGUUCUUCAGCAGCGCCUACACACUGAGCCACGUCAACCUAUCAACCACAAGGCUGCCCCUGGAGGCCCUCAGGGCGCUACUUCAGGGCCUCUCCCUCAACAGUCACCUCAGUGAUUUGCACCUGGACCUCAGCAGCUGUGAGCUCCGCUCAGCAGGAGCCCAGGCCUUGCAGGAGCAGCUGGGGGCUGUCACCUGUGUGGGCAGCCUAGAUCUGUCAGACAAUGGGUUCGACUCGGACCUCCUGACCCUGGUGCCUGCACUUGGCAAGAACAAGUCCCUCAAGCACCUGUUCCUGGGCAAGAACUUCAAUGUCAAGGCCAAGACCCUGGAGGAGAUCCUCCACAAGCUGGUACAACUGAUCCAGGAAGAGGACUGUUCCCUGCAGUCACUGUCAGUGGCAGACUCCCGACUGAAGCUCCGUACUAGCAUCCUCAUCAAUGCUCUGGGAAGUAACACCUGCCUGGCCAAAGUGGAUCUGAGCGGCAAUGGCAUGGAGGACAUCGGGGCCAAGAUGCUGUCUAAGGCCCUGCAGAUAAAUUCCUCCCUCAGAACUAUCCUAUGGGAUCGGAACAAUACAUCUGCCCUGGGCUUCCUGGAUAUUGCGAGGGCACUAGAGAGCAACCAUACACUGCGCUUCAUGUCCUUCCCGGUGAGCGACAUCUCCCAAGCCUACCGCAGUGCCCCUGAGCGCACGGAGGACGUCUGGCAGAAGAUCCAAUGGUGCCUGGUGAGGAACAACCACUCUCAGACAUGCCCCCAGGAGCAGGCCUUCAGGCUACAGCAGGGCCUGGUGACCAGCAGCGCCGAGCAAAUGCUGCAGCGGCUGUGUGGACGAGUGCAGGAGGAGGUGCGGGCACUGAGGCUGUGCCCUUUGGAACCUGUGCAGGAUGAGCUGCUCUACGCUCGGGACCUCAUCAAGGAUGCCAAAAACUCCCGGGCGCUGUUUCCCAGCCUCUAUGAGCUGGGCCAUGUGCUGGCCAAUGACGGACCUGUGCGGCAGAGGCUGGAAUCAGUAGCCAGUGAGGUGUCCAAGGCUGUGGACAAGGAGCUGCAGGUGAUCCUGGAAUCCAUGGUCAGCCUAACACAGGAGUUAUGCCCCGUAGCCAUGCGGGUGGCUGAAGGGCACAAUAAGAUGCUGAGCAAUGUGGCAGAGCGCGUCACUGUGCCUCGGAACUUCAUCCGAGGGGCACUGCUGGAGCAGGCGGGACAGGACAUUCAGAACAAGCUGGAUGAGGUGAAGCUCUCAGUUGUCACCUACUUGACCAACUCCAUAGUGGAUGAGAUCCUACAGGAGCUGUACCACUCCCACAAGAGCCUGGCCCGGCACUUGACCCAGUUAAGGACACUAUCAGAUCCACCAGGGGGGCUGGGCCAAGGGCAGGAUCUGUCCUCCAGAGGCCGAGGCCGGAACCAUGACCACGAGGAGACCACAGAUGAUGAACUUGGGACCAACAUCGACACCAUGGCCAUCAAAAAGCAGAAACGCUGCCGCAAGAUCCGGCCGGUGUCUGCCUUCAUCAGUGGGAGCCCUCAGGACGUGGAAAGCCAACUGGGGAGCCUGGGGAUCCCCCCUGGCUGGUUCUCAGGACUCGGGGGCAGCCAGCCUUCAGCUAGUGGCUCCUGGGAAGGUCUAUCUGAGCUGCCUACUCAUGGUUAUAAACUAAGGCAUCAAACACAAGGGAGGCCCCGGCCCCCCAGGACCACCCCACCAGGACCAGGUCGGCCCAGUCAGGUACCAGUACCUGGGACUCGUCAGGAGAAUGGAAUGGCCAGCCGCCUAGAUGAGGGGCUAGAGGACUUUUUCAGCCGAAGGGUCAUGGAUGAAAGUUCCAGCUACCCCAGGACUCUGAGGACUGUUCGGCCAGGCCUCUCAGAGGCACCACUGCCUCCACUCCAGAAGAAGAGGCGCCGAGGCCUGUUUCAUUUUCGGAGGCCCCGGAGCUUCAAGGGGGACAGGGGACCAGGGUCCCCAACUGCUGGACUCCUCCUCCCUCCACCCCCACCCCCACCCCCAACUCAGGAGAGCCCUCCCAGCCCAGACCCCCCAAGCCUCGGCAAUAACUCUUCUCCCUGCUGGAGCCCAGAGGAGGAAACCAGCCUCCUCCCUGGAUUUGGUGGGGGAAGGGGACCUUCCUUUCGUAAGAAGAUGGGCACCGAAGGGUCAGAGCCAGGGGAGGGGGACCCAGUUCCUGGGACAGCACAGCAGCCAAGGGCCCACGGUGUUGCCCUUCCUGGGUUGGGAAGAGCCAAGGGUUGGAGCUUCGACGGGAAACGAGAGGGCACAGGCCCAGACCUGGAUGACAGCACCCAGGCUUGGCAGAAAAGGCGCUCUUCAGAUGAUGCAGGACCUGGAGCCUGGAAGCCACCCCCACCGCCUCAAAGCACCAAGCCAAGCUUCAGUGCCAUACGACGAGCAGAGGCCACAUGGCACAUAGCUUCUUCUGUCUGCUAUCCCCCAGCUGAGGAGAGUGCCCCCAACCACAGCUGCCAGAGCCCCAGCCCAGCCUCCCAAGAUGGGGAGGAAGAAAAGGAGGGAGCCUUAUUCCCAGAGAGGAUGGUUCCAGCCAGGAAUGCCAAGCUACAGGAUCCCCCUUUAGCUCCACGGCCUCCCAAGCCAGUAGCUGUCCCCAGAGGUCGCCGGCCCCCUCAGGUACCAGGAGGCAGGGAGGAGACCGAGGCUGGGAAUACAGCCCCAGGAGUCAACAAGUCCCGGCUGAGGCUGGGUUCACAGCAAGACCAAGAGGAGCCUGAAGUCCAAGGACCCCCUGAUCCAGGCCGCCGGACUGCCCCACUGAAACCCAAGAGGACACGGCGGGCGCAGUCCUGUGAUAAACUGGAGCCUGACAGAAGACGGCCCCCUGACCCCUCAGGUGCCAGUGCAGGAACCAGUGAGCCAGGAACAGACUGACAGCUGCCACGACACCUUCCUCUCCAGCCUUCCUCUCAACAUGUGCCUCACAAGGACUCAGACCCCUAUCCAUCCCUGUUCCCCCAGACUCCUUGCCAGCCCUGUCCAACAGGCACAGGGGAGCUGGAGGCCAGGGACUGGAAGGGAGGAAGCAACCUGGAGAGAGGGAGGCUCUCAGUGCCUGCCUUGAUGCCUCGCUCUGCAGAGAGCUUCAGGGUGGGGCCUGUCUCCUCCCCUGGGAGGGUAGAUCUCUGUCCCUGUAUCCCCAGGGGCUUCUCCCCACUUGUAUAGAAUAAAAAAG